UGACAAGUCCUAUAAUCGAAGCGCCGCCCACUCCGGUGACAAGUUCUAUAAUCGAAGAUCCGCCCACUCCAGUGACAAGGCCAAUAAUCGAAGCUCCGCCCACUCCGGUGACAAGUCCAAUAAUUGAAGCUCCGCCCACCCCAGUGACUAGCCCAAUAAUCAAAGCUCCGCCCACUCCCAUGACAAGUCCAAUAAUCGAAGCUCCGCCCACUCCUGAGACUCCAGUGUCAACACAUGAAGAAAAACACCUUGAAUCUAAUGACAAAACUCCUUUAGAUGGGAAAAUAACUCCUCUUUCAUAUGUGAAGGAGACUGAUGAAAAGCCAUUAUUAACUGAUGAUCAAAAAGUUUUAAUGGAAAUGGCCGUUCGUGCCGCUACAAGAGCAUGGAGAAAUAGUGUAGAGUUGGCAGAGCAAGCACAAAUAAAUAUGGAACUUGGUGAAAAAUAUUGGCAGAAUGCGCGCUUUAAGUAUGCAUUGAAAGAUAGCGUGAUUACUUUAAAAGAAACGGGCGAAACUGUAUACUUAAGAAAAACACCUGAAAAUAUUAUUGAAUGGGUUAAAUCUCAAUUAAUAUUGUUAACUAAUCGUAAAAUUUCAAUUGAUAAAUGGACACAGGAAUGUUUAGAGUAUGGAAAAAGAGCUUCGGAAGCACAACUAGAGACUAAAGCUGCAGAAACCCGCGGUGAUGUUUCAGAAGCAAGAAAAGCUGCAGAUCGUGCUAAGGCCGCAGAACGUAAGGUAAAGGAAGCAGCUAGUCAGGUUGAAGAAGCUGUUGCAGGGCAAAAACGUUUAUCAGAAGAAAUUAUUGGUAAAGUUGACGUAGAACUUGCGAAAGAAGAUGCUUCGAGCAUGAUAAUAAUGAAGCUCUAAC